UUAAAAGGAAUAGAUAAGAAGAUUAUUCAUUCUUUUCAUGAUGAGAGAGCUUCUAGUUCUUCUCUCACUUUUUGUUUUCUCUGCCUUUGGAGCACAACCGCUGGUUUGCACAAAUGGAUUCACAUUAAUUAACAAUAAAUGUCUACGAUUGUUUUCCACGCCGCUUGGUCACACUGCUGCUGAGAGCAAAUGUACGGAGUACGGAGCAACCCUGGUGACUGUAAAGAAUGCAAUUGAUAAUCGAGCUAUAUCAACAAUUGCUGCCAGUUCAGUUUCCCUCCUAUGGAUAGGACUUUACUGUUUUGACAAUGACGUGACCAAAUGUUUGUGGGAUGAUUCUACUGGUUCUGCUGAAAUGUACAACAGUUUUGCAAGUGGUUUUCCACUUGUUGAUAUCGGAAAGUGUGUUUACUACUCUACACAAGGAUCGUUGGCAGGUAAAUGGCUGAAUGGAAACUGUGAAUCGGACCCGAGAGCAUUUGUCUGUGAACUGCCAGCUACUCAUGCAGACAAUUGUACAUACAAUUACAAUGGACAUUGUUUCACGCUUCAUACGGAACGGAAUACUUUUGUGCAAGCUCAGGCAAUUUGUGAACAAGAAUGUGGAAAUCUUGCCUCAAUUCAUUCUUCUAACGAAAACCGAUAUUUAAGUUCAAUUAUGAGUUCAAUUAUGAACUUAUCGAAUUCCAGUGUAUAUAUCGGUGCGUCGUGGCCGUCAUCGUCUGUAUUCAAUUGGUUGGAUGGCUCUAACUCUGAUUACACUAACAUUGAUCAAUCGUUUGGUCAUGGAGGAAACUGUGCUCUUUUAUCGAAUUAUCAACCAAGUGUAGUUCCGAUGGGUUAUUGGUUUAGCUUCCCAUGUACUGCCGCUGUGCCUUUUAUCUGUAAAAGAUCAGCUGGCAUCAAAUGUUCUGGCACUCCACCACCAGUAACAGUAACCCCGGUUCCUUCCAAUCCAUCAUUUUGCAAUUCUACACUUCUGAUUGCACCUGGUGUCAUUACAUCUCCAAAUUAUCCGAGCAACUACGACAAUAAUCAAUUCUGCUCUUAUCAUCUAUCAACACUCGGAUCUUAUCGAGUGCUUCUCCAUUUUUCAGCGUUUGCCACAGAGGUAAACUUUGAUCUCGUUGUGGUCUACAAUGGAGAAUCAGCUAGUAGUUCACAAAUAGGAAGGUAUAGUGGAAGUUUGGACCCGUUCAGUGUAGUUUCAACUGGAAACAACAUGUUUGUGACAUUUAAAACAGAUGGAAGUGGUGUUGCUCAAGGUUUCAGUGCUAGAUUCACAUCUUUCACACUAUGAUUGUUCUGGAUUUAUUCAAUAAUAAAAACUUGAUUUUUUCAAAGCUUCUCAUAAACCUCUCAAU